ACACGAUUAUCUCUACUCUCUGGUUAAGUGUGGUUCUGAAUGAAGGAGUGACGAGAUUCACAAAAUUAAGGUUGAGAGUUGGGUGUCGUUGUGGGAGUUGUGAUAGUGAUCGAAUGGGUUGUUAACACGUAUUGACAAGUCAGUUGGGUCCAUGGUUUGGUCCGGUAAACAGCGAUCUAGACCAGACUAGACCAAAAUAUCAAAACAUAAAAUAAUACAGACCAUGGACCAUACCAGACCAUACUUAACGGUCUACGGUCCGGACCAAACUGUGUGGCACGGCUUGGACCACGGUUUUUCUAACGGUCUGGUCUAUUUUCCCAGCCCUACUUACUCGUGUCAUUCCUUUUCAUUGUCAAGCCCACGGUUGGUUUUUGGGUGGAAGUAGUUCACAUAAUCGUCUACUUGAUUAACCGGGAGAUCGCACCUCUACUGGGGCAGAAAUCUCCAUUUCAGGCACUGUACUUACAGCUCCCCGAUUACUCGACUUUUGGGUGUUUGACUGCCUGUGUUCCGUGUUGUUGUUGCGCAAGGAAUGCCAUAAACUAGCUCCGAAGAUGACACGUGUCUUUGUUGGAUAUAGUGAGAAACAUAAAGGGUAUCUGUGCUAUGACCAUAUUGAUCGUCGCAUGAGUAUAGCUUGUCACGUCAAGUUUUUUGAGAAAGUUAUAUACUACCCAUCGUCCCAUGUUGAUGUGAGUUCAUUAUAAGCUUUAGAGUUCUCACAACAUUACCCAUAUUUGAACCUCAUUCCUCGUCGCCCACAGCUUCCCCGGAGUGCACCAGUUCAUCGAGUUCGAGUGAAUCGACUAAGCCUUCCUCGCCUGGAAAAUCCCAAUCCAGUUCAUCGAGGUCAUCUUCUGGUUAUGAUAACACAUACAACUCGGCAUCCUCAAUUUCAAGUUCUAGCUCCAUGACCCCGAACCAUGAAACUGAGCAGCCUCCCUCACCUGUAUAGCAUGCCAUUCCUUUGCGUCGGUCAGCUCGGGCGAAUUUGGGCCAACCUCCUCCGCGCAUGAACGACUGUGUGAGCUUGAAAUUGAGGAUGCCGAGUUGUAUGUGUUAUUCCCAUGCAUUACUCCCAGGCGGCACGGGAUCCUCAGUGGAAUGUUGUCAUGCGUGUGGAAAUGGAUGCUUUGCAGGAGAAUCGUACGUGGGAUAUUGUACCACAAGAGGAAGGCAUGCAGGUGAUAGGCAUUCGAUGGGUAUAUAACAUUAAAAUGCAUCCUGAUGGGAUGAUUGAACAUUUUAAAGCUCGGGUGGUAGCUCAAAGCUACAAGCAGGAGUACGGUAUUGACUACGAUGAGACUUUUGCUUCUGCCAUAAAAAUGCAAAUAGUCCAUUUUGUUUUUGCGAUGGCAACAAUAAAGGGAUGGUCUCUCAUCCAGCUCGAUGUGAAGAACGCGUUCCUUCAUAGAGAUAGGAAGGAGACCAUCUACAUGGAGUGACCUCCUGUGUAUGAAAAAUUGAUUCUACGAUGGUUUGUAAAUCAAUUCGUUUGUUAUAUGGAUUAAAGCAGGCACCUAGGGCGUGGUUCGAGAAGUUUCUUGGCACUAUUCUUCAGGCUGGCUUUGCACAGAGUCAGAAUUAGGGGUAAACAGCUGGUGGCUUUAUGCGGAUUUGGACUCACCCAUUACAUGGUAGAUGAAGAAGAAAAUGACCCACACCCACCCAACAUGUACUUCUGGGUGGGUUGGGUUGGGUUCCACCGCACCCACCCAUAUCUUUGUGGGUCACCUAUUUUAGAACCCACACCCACCCAUAUGAACCACCCACAACAUAAUGGGUGGGUCAUUUGUGGGUGGUUUUUGGUGGAUUAGUGGGUUCAACGACCCAUUGUUCACCCCUAGUCAGAAUGAUUCGUCUCUAUUCACGCACAGUACAGUUGAUGGCAUAGUCGUCUUAUUAAUCUAUUUGGACUAUAUGAUUAUCACUAGUAGUGAUCAAGAUGGGAUUCGUAAGGUUACAGAGGUUCUACGGAAUGCAUUUAACUUAAAGGAGUUGGGAGAGGUGUCUACUUUCUAGGUUUGGGGGAUUAAGCGAUCUCCACAUGGUCUAUUUGUUUCUCAAUGGAAGUAUAUACUUGAUCUAUUAGACUCAUCUCGGUAUAUAGAUUGUGUUCCGUGUUUUACUCCCAUGGAACAUAAUCUUAAGUUGAGUAGAUAAGAGGGAGACAUGUCAGAAGAUCAGCCUGUUCAUAGAAGCCUAGUUGGGAGUCAAAUCUAUUUGAAUCAUACUCGACCAUACAUCUCGUAUGUUGUUCAAGUCGUGAGCCAGUUUGUGGGAGUUGCUACACAUCUUCACUUGGUUGUGGAGCAUAGAGUCCUUGGUAUCUGAAGCAAACAUAAUAUGUUGGGUUAUUCUUUCAUGCAAAAGGAGACCUUACUAUAGAAUUUUUUGCAUAUGCCGAUUAUGCAGGGUGUAUCGAUACUCGAAAGUCAACAUCUGGGUGGUGUGUUCGAGUAGGACAGACUGUUGCAUCGUGGCGGUGGCGAAAACAAGAUCGAGUAUCGAAGCCAUCUAUAGAAGCAGAGUAUCGGUCUAUGUCUGAGGUUAGUUCAGAGUUGGUCUGGUUACAUCGAUUGCUCAAGGAAUUUGAAUUUGAUUGUCGAGCCACAUUGCGCAUAUAUGGGGAUAACACGAGUGCUAUACAGAUCGUAGUAAAUCCAGUUAUGCAUGACAGGACGAAACAUAUUGAGUUGCAUGUUCAUUACAUCACGCAAUUAGUGGCAGAAGGAUUAAUACAGCUUGGGUAUUUAUCUACUGAGGAUUAGACGAUGGAUUUAUUGACGAUAUUUGCUUCAUUCAUUUUGUAUCGUGUCUUUUUGCUCCUUGAAGCUUUUUUAGAGUUGCUCGUGUAGUGGCAAAAAAGGCUCUUUCAUUUGUAGUUCGGUUGCAUGCUAACUACCACAUGUCGUUGUUGCCGGUCUUGUAAUGUGGUUCUUUUGCCUAAGCCUUCUUGGCAUAUCUUGGACAAAAAAAAAACGCUACUUCUUUCUAAUUUUCAAUGCAAAUUCGAGUCAACUAAUAAAUCUCGAUUUGACUAGACGAACCUUGACAAACUUGCUCCCGAAACCAAAUGGUUAGUUCUGAACAACAUCUACAUUAAUAAUUACUAUCAUUUAUUUGAUAAAUUUAAUUAUGAUAUUAUAAAAUAAAUUUAAAAAU